AUGCCUUCUAUUAAACCCUUCAAAAUCUCCGUCCCGGAGCACAAAAUCCAGCGUCUGCAGCAAAAACUAGCCCUAACCGACCUCCCCUCCGAGGGCCCCGAUGCUCUCCACCCCUGGUCUCGCGGUGUCCCUCUCUCAGAAAUCAAGCGCCUAGCUUCUCACUGGCAGCACAAUUUUGACUGGCGCGCAGUCGAAGCCAAGCUCAACCGGGACCUCCCACAAUGCACCGCCAACAUCGAGGUUGACGGCUUCGGCCAUUACGAUAUCCAUCUCGUUCACCAGCGCAGUCAAGUCGGCGCUGCGAUCCCGCUUCUCUUCCUCCAUGGCUGGCCGUCAAGCUUCCUGGAAGUUGUGAACAUGCUGCCUCUGCUGGUUGACGGGGGCGUAGACGGGCCUGCAUUUCACGUUGUUGCGCCGAGCUUGAUUGAUUUUGGGUUUUCGUCUGCUAGCAAUAAGCAAGGAUUCAACAUCGAGCAGCAUGCAGAAGCAUACCACAAACUGAUGCUCGCUCUCGGAUACAACGAAUACGUCAUCCAAGCAGGCGACAUCGGCUACCUCGUCACGCGCUCCAUAGCCCUAAAAUACGGCCCCCGACACUGCAAAGCAUACCAUCUCAACAACGCCGCACCCGCCGAACCGACCGCCACCACACACCCUGAUAUUCACGCCAGAAUCAAAAACACGCCUCCAACCGUCUCGGACCUGGCCGGUCUCGCACGCACGCAGGAAUUCUCCACGCACGGAAACGCCUACUAUCUCCUACAAUCCAGCAAGCCGCAAACACUCGCGUACAGCCUCACCGACAGCCCCGUCGGGCUCCUAUCAUGGAUCUACGAGAAACUCAUUGCGUGGAGCGACGGCUACGCCUGGACGGACGAGCAGGUCCUGACGUGGGUUAGCAUCUACUAUUUCUCUAGGGCGGGUGCGACGGCGUGUCUGAGUCUGUUCUGGGAAAAUGAGCAUCGCGUGCCGACUGCGUUUGAGAUGGCCAAGGAGUGGAGUGAUGUGCCGCUCGCGGUGGCGAGGUUUGAGAAGGAUCUGAUUCUGUUGCCGAGGGCGUGGAAUGCCACUCUGGGGCCUGUGGUGUUGGAGAGUGAGUAUGCGCAUGGGGGACAUUUUGCGGCGUGGGAAUGUCCCGAGGCUGUUGUUGAGGAUCUGAGGAGGAUGUUUGGCAGGGAGGAGGGGAGGUUGUAUGGGUGUGUUGAGGGACAUGAUGGCUAUCUCUUUUCUGAAGUUCUUCGAAUUUGUUCGUAA